AUGAUAGCGGAUGAAAAAGAACCAAAUAAAUCAGAUGAUUUAAAUAAUAAUAGUAAUAGUAAUAAUACACCUACAACUACAGGUUCUUCUUCUUCAUCAUCAUCAUCUUCGAUACCAGGAUCAUUAUCUGGAAUUAUUGCAAGAUUAAAUGGUAGUUCGGAUGGAGGAUCCAAGGGAAAUACACCAAGAGGAUUAUUAAGGAGUCGUAGAACAGUUAGCCAAGGUGGAGAUCCAUCGAGCGUUGGAAAAGAGGAAAGAGAAAGGGAAAAGAAAGAGGAAAGGGAAAGGGAAAAGAAAGAGGAUAAAUUAAAUCAUCUAAAUACCAUUCUAAAUAAUAGUAAUAUUUCAACAACCAACAGUAAAAUACACCAUCCACCAAUUAAAUUAUCAUUUCCAUGGGGUAUUUUGGAAUCACCAUGUCAUGGUGAAAAAAUCGAAUUAAAUCAACUGGUAACUAAUUUUGGACGUGGUUCUGGUGAGGAAAUCGAUAUUAAAUUCUUAAAUGAAAUGUUGGUAUCUAGUAAACAUUGUAGUAUCACCCUUAGAAAACGUACAUUUAAUUUUGGACAUCCUCCAUCUGCCAUUAGUUCCCCCGCAUCUUCCUCUACUAUAUCUGCCACAUCUUCACCUGCUUCAUCUACCGCCAGUAAUCUAUCUUCUCCCAUGUCUUCUAUUUCUUCGAUAUCUACUUUAAAAACAUCAACCGAAUCUUCUACUUCUUCCUCUACCUCAUCCCCACAACCAUUUAAUCAACCACCAAAUAAUAAUAAUAAUAAUGUAAAUAACACACUUCAACAACAACCAAUCGAAUUAUUAAUCCCAUAUAUCGUUGAUUAUAGUACCAAUGGUGUAUAUUUGGGAGACAAACGAAUUGAAAGAAAACAAAGAAUUGUAUUGGAGGAUGGCCAGCUCGUCUCGUUGAUAUCGGCGUCGUCGCCUGUCAAAUCAUUUGUAUUUCAUAAUUUGCUGCCGUCUCUGACUGCCGAACAAAGGUCAGAGAUUGGAAGCCACCUACAACCGGAUCUAGGGCUGUCUGACCGCGAGGAUAUCUAUGACGAAGAUGACCCCGAUCUACUCGAUGCCAUGCUUAGUACCAACUCAUCACCUGUAUUUAAACAAUCGAUUCUUCCACCUGCAGGUUCAACCAACAAUACUGGUAAAUCCUCUGGAGGUAGCCAACAAAAAAAGCCCGAACAGUAUAUCCAAUUAGUGAAAAUGCAACCGUCUUUGAAAACACUGCAAAUGUUAAACGACGACAUUCGCCGAAUAUGUUCUCAUGUCACCCCUAUCCAGUCUCCUCCUCCCCCUGUACCAGCUCCCGCAUCUCCCACAGGAUCCACAUCUUCUGCCACCAGCAGUGCCAGCAGUACAAGUACUGUAGUAAUCAACCAAAAUGAUUGGCUCGACAAAUUUAUCCAGUUGGGAGGUGCCAACGCACUUCUCGACAUUGUUUCACUAAACAACAAAGGCAUCAGGUUUUCAGAUUCCGACUUAUCAAUUGACCGAGAGUGUAUUAAAAUAUUACAUUUAUUAAUUAAAUAUUCAAUGAUUAGUACAAUUAAAUCAAUUCUUGGAGAUGAUUCAUUUAAAGAUUUAUUAUUGAUUUUAAUCAAUCCUUCACAUUCAUCACUUUUCAAAUCGACCAUUAUAUCAUUGUGUACCAAGUUUUGUAAUUAUUCAGAGUCUGCGCACAAGUAUUUGUUGCAGGGUAUUGAAAAGAUACAAAUAUUGAAACGUGACCGUCAACGAUUCAAAUGGCUGUUGGAAACCAUCAUCUUUGAUCAUUCAGUAGAGUACAAGACACAAUGUCUAUCAUUAUUCAAUGCUAUCUUGGAAGGUGCCAACUGCAACCCACCACUAAAGACCAAACUCAAAUCCGAAUUACAAACCAUGUUGCUUCAAAAGUUACCCGAUAUACUUCACCAAGACAUGUGUCCAGAAUUGGAAAAACAAUUAAAUCUAUUGUCACUUCAUUUUGAAGUUCAACCAAACAUCAACAACCCCAAUAAUAAUUCACUCUCAUCUAAUCAUUCAAAAUCAUCAUCUUGUGAUCCAGUUUCAAUGUGUAUGGCAGUACAUAAACAAUUAAAAGCAGAGAAUCAAGAUUCCACUUUUACAUCGAUUUUACAAGAUAUAUUCACAAUAUCAUUUUCCGAUCAGCAGUCAUUGUCUGCUUCACCUUCACCGUCAUCGGCUUCACCUGCUUCGCAACAACCACAAUUUGAUAAUAAUCAAAACCAGGUAACACCCAAUCGAUCGUCCAUGUUGAGUUUGUUGGUUAAAUUCUCAAAAUCUUUGUCUCUGGUAAACGAUCCGGCCAAGAUGAACACGGCAAUCAACGCUCUUCAAGAAAAUAUUGAGAAUUUAAAGGUUGGUAUGGUGGGUGGUUCAUCAAACAAGACAAGUCCAACUUCCCAAAAGGUUUUGACUGAUGGAAAGAAAGAUCCACCUGCUCCUGCACCCGCUGCUCCAGAAGAUAAACCAAAAGAAGAGGAAAAGUCAUUUGAUACCUCUGUAGCAGGACCGCCUGCACCACCCGCUCCAGCUCCACCACCUCCACCCCCACCACCUCCCUCUGCUAAAGGUGCUGCUGGCGGGGGACCUCCGCCACCCCCACCUCCACCUGGUGGCGGACCCCCACCACCACCCCCACCUGGACCAGGAGGUGCUGCUACUGCAGGAGGCAUUUCCAAGAGAAAAGGGGAUGCUCCAUCAGUCCCAAUGAAACAAUUGUUUUGGCCAAAGAUUCCACUUCUCAAAAUCCCCAAAACCGUUUGGGACGAUAAGGAGCAAUCAGACUUUUCAGACAAGGUCACUAAAAUUGAAUUUGACAAGGUAUUGUUGGAACAGUUGUUUUGUGCCAAGAAGGCUGUUCCUCUCGGAAGCAAAGUAGACGAUGACAAGGUUGAAAAGGAGGUAGAGAAAAAGACAUCAAUCUUGGAUAUGAGAAGAUCAAACAAUAUUGGCAUCCUCUUGUCAAAAUACAAAUUAAAUACGAUAUGGGUGGUCGACGCAUUGACAUCAAUGGAUGAAAAGAAAUUAACCAAUGAAAUGGUAUUGGUCAUUUCCAAAUGUAUUGCAACCGCCGAAGAAGAAGAAUCACUUAAAAAUUAUAAAGGUGAAAAGAGUACUCUUGCAGAUAUAGAUCAAUUCCUAUUAGAUGUAACCAAAUCAAUUCCAAAGGUUAGAGAAAGAAUAUCUAGUUUACAAUUUAAACAACAAUUUGAUACGAUGAUUGAAGAUAUUACCAUUGCUACCAAAUUUGUUGAACUUACAAGUCAAGAGUUAUUAAAGUGUAAAGGGUUUAGACUAGUUCUCUAUUUGAUCUUAAAAAUUGGUAACUAUUUAAAUAAUGUUGGUAAUCAAGCUGAUGGUUUUAAAUUGUCUUUCCUCAGUACUAUGACAAAUACAAAAUCAAUUGAUAACAAAACAACAUUAUUACAUCAUAUUGCACAAAUUGUAUGGAAUAGGUAUCCAGAUUAUUUGAUUACACCAGAGACAUUCCCAUCGUUGGAGGCAGCAUCUCGAUGCCAGUGGAAAGAGAUGGUGGCCCAGAUCACAUUCCUACAGGAUGGUAUUGCCAAUCUCCAAAAGGAAGUAGAGAUGCAAAGCAAGGCAUAUGGUAACGAUAGUUUUGUCACCAAGAUGAAAUCGUUUAUCGCUUCUAGAACACCUCAAAUUGAGUGUCUGGCAAUCUAUGUCAAACAGGUGGAAGACAUUUUCAACUCAUCAAUGAAAUACUUUGUCGAAGAGAACCAAACACCCGAUGAAUUCUUUUCACUGAUGAAUAGUUUUAUCACCAAUUUUAACAAGGCUCAUAAAGACAAUCUACGUGAAUUAGAGAUGAAACAAGGCAAGUCAAAGAAGGAUUCAUAUCAAACCAAGAACAAGAGCGUUGCUCAACCCAACAAGAAUGGUCCUAGCAAUAGUGACUGCUCAUCUGAACAAGCCAAGGAAAAGGACAACUACAAGGAAAAGGAUGGUGGUGAUGACAACCAAGACACUAAAAAGAAUGGGUUCCUAUCAUUCUUUUCAAAGAAGAAGAACAAUCACAACAAGGAUAAUAAUAAUACGAUGGGUCUUGACACCAAGGAUAAAGAAAAGGAUCAAAGUGAUAUCACUAAACAACAAAUGGCAACUGAAUUCCCAAGAGGUGAUGGUAAUAAGAAAUAUGACAACUCUUCUUCUCCCAACUUUACCAAAAAGGAAUUUGGCACUAAACAACAACCAUUUGGUGAUAACAACAACAACAACAACAAGACUGAUAAUAAUAGAUUAGUAGCUCUUAAAAAUAAUAAUAAUAGAAUUGGAAAUAAUAAUAAUAACAAUAAUAGUAAUGGUAAUAAUGGUAAAUUGAGAAGUCCGGGCAACAGAAAUAAUAAUAAUAAUAAUAAUAAUAAUAAUUUACCAACUAAAUCAUCAUUACGAUCAGCCAAUUUAAAUAAUUUAUUAAAGUCUGACAACAAAAAACUUGGAGAUAAUAAUUUCAAAAACACUCUUAGAACUAGUAGCAAUGCUUUGAAGAAUUCUACAACUCUCAAAUCCCCAACAAAAGACCUCAAGUCUAAAUUUGAGAAUAUUAACAAGGCAGCAAUGAACAAUAAUAAUAGUAAUAAGAAUGGUAAUAAGAAUGGUAGCAAUCGUCAUCAUCAACUCAAGAAAACUACUAUUCCAACAAUUACAACUCAAAAGAAUUCCAAUGGAAAUGUUGUUGGUAAACCAAAUAUUAAUAUUAAUUCAACAAAGGUCAAUAAUAUGAAUAAUAAUAAGUUGGUACAACUAAAACCAAAUGGUACCAAUUUGAACAAGAUUAAUCAUAAUAUUAUUGCCAAUAAGAUUAAUAAUAAUCCUAAGAUUAAUGGUAAUGUUGGUGCUAAUAAGAGUAAUGGUAGUGUUGGUACUGCAAAUAAGAUGGGUGGUAAUUUGAAACCAUUGGCAACAUCGACAACAACAACAACAACAAAUGCCAAAACCUAUUUAAAACCAAAAAUAUCAUCUUCAUCGAAAUCAAUGUUAUCACAAUCACGUUCACAAAGUAAUGGUAGCAUGUCUAGAUUCUAUACCAACAAUAUGAAACCAAAUCAUCUAAAGUCAACUGUCUUUUCACCCAUUGACAACAAUCCAUUUAUUCAAGGUGAAAGAAAAGCAUACAAUGCCAGACCCAAAACAGCACUUGAUGAAAUCAAACAAAAAUUAUUUGAAAAUGGAAGCAAACAACAGUAUAAUGGAUCAAAAAGAAUGGGAACAUUCAAUAGAAAACCAUUUAUCAAGAAAUACCUUGCAUCACCUUCACUUAGAACUAUUAAUAAUAAUAGAUUAUUAUCCAACAAACAACCUAUUAGACAUGUCACUCCAAAGAAUCAAUCCAACAAUAACACUUCUACGACUACCUCUGCCAAACCCAAGGACAUUAAUAGUGUUACAAAAAAGGUUGAUCAAGUAAAACCAAUCAUUGAUGAAAAGGAAAAGGAACCAUCAUCGGUUGUUGAAAAUAGUACUACUAUUAAACAACCUGAACCAGUCAAUGUUGAAAUGAAGGUUGAAGCAGCAGUACCAGUUCCAGUUCCAGUACCAGUACCAGUGGUAGAGGCAACUCAAGAUACUAAAUCAAUCGCUGAAGAUAGUCCAUCAUUUGGUGUUACAUUAAAACCAACUCCUACAUUACCUGAAAAGAAGGAACCUUUAUCAUCUUCAUCUUCACCUACUAGUAGUAUACCACACCUUGUUGCUGUGUCAACACCUUCAUCUUCAUAUCAUUCACCAUCAUCAAGCUCAACUUUGACUACUGCAACAUCGACACCAAGAAAUUCCACUUCUACUCCUCCAACUAUUACACAAUCCAUCUCUGCCACACCAGUCAAGAUAUCACCACCCGUUCAAAAAACACCCAAUAUCUUUAGGGAAAUGAUUAAAGAUGAGAUGUCUGUUAAAAAGAAUUCGGAGAUGAUGAUGAUGAUGGAAAAGAAGAUUUCACCUGAUAUUAAGCCAUCUUCAUCAUCACCACCUGUUGUUUCCGAAGAAGCUUCUGGUAGUGCAUCUUACAAAAAGCACAAGAAAUCAAAAUCAACACUCCAUAAAUUAUUUGAUAAUAUCAAGAGCAAGACUAUGAAGUUUGGACAAAGUGACAAGAACAAACAACAAUCACCAAAGCUACAUCAACACAUGGAAGAAUAUCUCAAACAACAACCAUUCAACCAUAAUGCUCAAGGAGCCGAUGAAAUUCAUUUACCUAUAUCUCCAAGUAUUAGCAAUAACCACUGUUCCAGUGGAAAUGGAAAUGAUAUAGGAGUACUCGAAAAGAAACCAAUUGCACCAUCUGAUUUGGGAUUAUCACUAUCUGAUAUUCCAUUAAAGAUUUUAAUGCCGUCUUUGCAAGUUGGUAGACACCGUUAA